AUGCCCGAACCAACAGCCGCACAGCUCAAGGACGAAGGCAACGAGUUAUUCAAGAAGCAAGACUACAUCGGGGCGAUCAUCAAAUACACAGAAGCCAUCGCUUUGGAUGAUAAGAAUGCUGUUCUAUAUGCAAACCGCGCCGCUUGCAACCAUGCCCUGAACAAAUGUCUAGAUGCUGUGGACGAUGCGCAUAUGGCUACAGAGAUCGAUCCGGGCUAUGCAAAAGCGUGGUCGCGAUUGGCGGCAUCCAGAGACGCGCUUGCGGAUUGGAGGGAAAGCGCUCAUGCUUGGCAAAAGGCGCUGGAUGCGCUGCCAAAAACUAAUCUCAGCCCUGUAGAACGACAACAAAAAGAACAGUAUACUGCUAAUCUGAAAGCAGCGAAUGCGCGUUUAAAUGGGCCGCCUAUCGUCCCUCUCUCGAUGAAUGAGAAAUCGGGCAAGUUCCCUUGGCAGAUCGCGACGGAUAUGCUUCCUGAGCUCCAGAGAGCGGGUCCUGCGAAAAUGUCUAGCAGCGCUUGGGUCGUCGCACUUGCGUAUGAGGAAUUCAGCAAAGGGGUAGAAGCGAUGAAGGGAAUGAAAAUAAUACCUCAUCGUUUUAUGCCCAUGCUAUUUUUUGAUGCUUACACGGCGCAGGGGCUGACGGACUUGAGCAAUGGUUUUAUGCGUGACGAUCGCGUCUUCCAUAUCAAUCAACCUAAUUGGAUUGAAAUGUACAAUCAACAAGUCUAUUUCGAAGUUACGGCUCGCAAGGGUUGGGAUUCUGAAGGACUCGAGACCGUCAAGGAACUGGCGCAGAAACGGUUGAAGGAGAAUGGCUGGGAUGAUGUACGCCCCGCAUUGGCCGUGACCGUUCGCGCAUGGAUAAUGAGAGCUGCAUUCGAAGGCGGUUUAAGAGACCAACCUCAGGCUGGUGUCCAGUAUUACAGACGAGCUCUCGACUUGGUCGAAUGGGGCAGGACUAUCUGGAAGGAUGUUCCCAAGUCCAGCAGGGGAGCGAUUUUCGAGCAUUCGUUCUUGAUAGGCAUCCGGAGUAUGUACCUCAAGAUGUUCAUGAACGCUUAUACCGACGACCCUGGCUUGGACUCCAAGUUCCCUCUUGAACAGUUAAAGGAAGAAGCUGAGUACCUUCUCAAAGAGAGCGAGAUAGCUGUACAGACACGUGGUGAUGAGCCGGUUGACCCCGGCUUCAUAUCAUCUUUCAUCGUUUACCCUAACGGACUUGCUCAUGCGAUGCUCGGAUUCUAUCACGUGCAAAUGGCCAAAUACACUUCUAAUCUUGUGGAAAAAAUGUUUAGCUAUGUGAAAGGUGCAGGGGAGUACAAGCACGCAUCCAGCAAAUACCCCGAGGAUGACGAGUUGCGUGCAUGGUACCUAAAUUGCACGAUGGAUUGCAUGCGAAAUGCCGGCGUCCCGAUUGAAAACUUCCUCAGGAUAGCGACCGGCUUACGGGAUUCGGUACCCAAGAUGCAGAAAAUAUGGGCGGUCUCUGAGCUGGCGAUGGGUGGCAGAGACCAGAAGAUACAAGCGAAUCUGGAUAGGGCGGAUGAACUCAUGAGGCGUGUCGCGGACAAGACUUUGACGCUUGAAGAUCCUGUGCCUUUGUGA